CGACGGCAGCCCUGAAGCCUCUCUCAACUCUUCUUCUCUGUCGAACUCCCUCUCGUCUCCAGAAUCACUCAUUCAGCAUGUCUACCGAAGCCAUUGAAGAGGUCCCCUCGCCCAACAGCGUCAUCUUCUCAAAUGCCUACAUCGACGAGAGAGUCAGCGAGGUCUGCAGCGAGACAAUUGCCUGGGAGCAGCAAGGCCUCUCAGAAGAGCACGUCGCUGCCUUGAAGGCUAUCGACAAGGUCCCCAUCUCCGAGGCUAUCGCCAUCGUCGAGAAGAACCCCACUUUGUAUGCCUUUGUCUUUUGCACAAUUCUCCUCAAGGUCACCAGCACCGACGUCCUGAAAUAUGCCCUCGCCUUGACCUCGGCCGUCCUCCUCGACUCAAAGUCGUUCGCCGCCGCCCUCAACGGCCUUCCCACCAUUUGCUCUCCAUUGACCGCUCUUCUCGACAGCGAGGAUGCCGUUGCUGCCCUUCUCGCAGCAAAGGUUAUCAUCCUCAUGAUCAUCUCAUCCGAGUCCCCCUCAGUUGAAAUAGUCGAGAAGCUGUUUGCAUGCACGCACAGCAAGCUCGCCACCUCGGACGAAUACAGCCUGAAGGACCUCGCCGCCCAAGCGUACGGCGCCAUUCUCUCAGUCAAAUGCACGCGUCCUCUAUUCUGGUCCAAGAUCACCACCUACGGCCCUCCCCUGCUUGAGAACCUCAAGUCUGGACGCGGCGGCCUGCAGCUCCAGUACUACUCUGUCCUUGUCUUUUGGCUUUUGUCGUUCGAGCAGGAGCCGGCCGAGAGCAUGAACAAGACCUGCGAUAUCAUCGCUAUCGUCAUGGAGAUCCUCAAGGUCGCCAUCAAGGAGAAGAUCAUCCGUGUCAGCACCCUACUAUUCACUAACCUCAUCACCCUCGCCCCCGAGCAGAACGUGAGCUCUUUGCUCGUCGUCGGCGGACUGCCGGUGAUCAAGAGCAUGGCCCAGCGAAAGUGGUCCGACUCGGAGCUCGAGGAGGACCUCACCAACCUCGCGUCCAUUCUCCAGGAGGCCCAGGAUAAGAUGUCGACUUUUGACGAGUACCUCACCGAGCUGACCACCGGCCGUCUGAGGUGGUCGCCCGCGCACAAGUCCGUUGACUUUUGGAAGCGGAACGCCGAGUUGUUUAAGGAGGACGACUGGAAGCUGCUCAAGGAGCUCGCCAAGAUUAUCUCCACCUCUGACGACAACACUGUGCUUGCUGUCGCUAGCAACGAUAUCUCCUACAUCGUCGGCGAGCUGCCUGAGGGUCUCAUCGUGCUCAACAGCAUGGGCACCAAGACUAAGAUCAUGGAGAUGAUGGCCCACCCCGAUGCUGAGGUCAAGUACAACGCUCUGAAGGCCACCCAGGUCUUUGUUGCGCGAACAUUCGCCUAAACGGCCUGAAUACCCAGGAGUAUAUAAAGUCUUUCUAGAUAUAGAGGGAGAAAAAAAGUCGUAUAUUGUCCUGCUUUUCCUUUCUAUUUAAUAUUUUCUAAUCUGUGUAAAUUUCCAAGUUUCACCAUUUGCUCUACUAUUAAUCUUUUAUCUGUUUUACUGCGAUUGUUUUGUUUUACCAUGUUGCAUGCUUUUUGACACUUGUUGUAGCUACUCAAUUGAGAGUAUUGUUGAAUAAAUUGAAUAUUAGUCAGUGCUUACAUAGCACAUUCACUACGUCAGCCGAGUCAUCUUUCUCUCCGCGAA